UAUUCGCUUUCGCUGUCUUUAAAAUCGUAUUCUUAGUCAUUCUCAUAGCAGUCUUAGCAGGCGUUCUUGCAUCGCGAGAAAAACUUUUGUUGUGUGAAAAAUGUUUGCAAUAGCCUUAGCUUUUGUAAUUGUAACAACACAUGUUGCGGCGGAAAUACCUUCAUACAUUCACGUGUGCGGUCGGAAAGAUCCGAAUCUCGACAAAUGCAUAUUGGACAACAUUGAUAAUUUAAAGGGUAAAAUCUGCGAAGGAAUUCCGGAAUUGGAUAUUCCGUCGAACGAUCCGUUGUAUCUUGACAAACUCAUUAUUUCGGAAUCAAAUAGCGUGAAAUUAUAUGUGAAAAAUACAGAAGUGAGCGGACUUUGCGAUUUCACCAUAAAAAAUUUUACUAUGAAUCUCGACACUCUUCGUUACGCUACUAAAAUUUCAUUUAAUCGUAUCUACAUGAACACCACAUAUGAUUUUAAUAUUCGCAUACUGGUGCCUAUUGCUUAUCAAGGAAAGGUUUAUAUUAUUACAGAUAACGUAGAUGCGGACGUAAACUUGAACUUUAAAAUGAUAACCAAAGGUGCCAAGAGAUAUAUAUAUUUGUCGAAGAUAUUGCUAAAUCUCGACAUCAAAGAUUUCGAAAAUCAAUAUGAAAAUACUGGGAAUUUAGGACAAUUACAGGAAAUUAUUGAGAAUUUUAUAGGGAAUAAUAAUGAAGAGAUUAUUAAAACUUUCAAGCCGGCUUUAGAAGAAGCUGUUUCUAAAGUGAUUAUCUCGGUGGCCAAUGAUAUAGUUAAACAUUUCACUUACGAAGAGCUGUUUCCUCUGUGAACGAACGUAAAUCACUCUAGGACUUUAAGGUCUAUUGUCACGAGGUCAUUUUGCAUAUUUUCUAUUUUAAUUGAAGAAACGAACUGAAACUGAAUUUUACAAUAUUUUAGUGAGAGGCAAUACAAAUUUUACUUUUGCUAGUUAAUGAAUGUAGAUAUAUUAUGUAAUCGUUGUUAAUUGCUAGCAUAACAAUGCAAAUUUGUACGCAUUAGUAUUAAAAUAUCUUUGUAUUAAUUUGACAACAUAUAAAUUUAUAAAAAUUAUGUGCUAAGAUAUUUGA